GAAUAUACCAAAUGCUGAUGAAGAUGGGGAGCAAAUGGAUCUCUCAUAGAUUGCUGGUGGCAAAGAUUUUACUUUAUUCACUCUGAAAAUAAUUUAGCAAUUACUCAGUCUCACACAUCUGUGGCGUGACCCCUCCCAGUUCUUUGAAUAUCAGCUGGGGAAGAGGUCUGAGUAAUACUUGAGAGGGAAGUGGGUUCAUUUCAGUGGCUGACUUCCAGAGAGCAAUAUGGCUGGUUCCCCAACAUGCUUCAUCCUCAUCUAUAUCCUUUGGCAGCUCACAGGGUCAACAGCCUCUGGAUCCGUGAAAGAGCUGGUCGGUUCCAUUGAUGGGGCCGUGACUUUCCCCCUGAAGUCCAAAGUAAAGCAAGUUGACUCUAUUGUCUGGACUUUCAACACAACCCCUCUUGUCACCUUACAGCCAGAAGGGGGCCCUAUGAUAGUGACCCAAAAUCGUAAUAAGGAGAGAGUAGACUUCCCAGAUGGAGGCUACUCCCUGAAGCUCAGCAAACUGAAGAAGAAUGACUCAGGGAUCUACAAUGUGGAGAUAUACAGUUCAUCCCUCCAGGAUCCCUUCACCCGGAAGUAUGUGCUGCGUGUCUACGAGCACUUGUCAAAGCCUAAAGUCACCGUGGGUCUACAGAGCAAUAAGAAUGGCACCUGUGUGACCAAUCUGACAUGCUGCAUGGAACAUGGGGAAGAGGAUGUGAUUUAUACCUGGAAGGCACUGGGGCGAGUAGUCAAUGAGUCCCAUAAUGGGUCCAUCCUACCCAUCUCCUGGAGAUGGGGAGAAAGUGAUAUGACCUUCAUCUGCAUUGCCAAGAACCCUGUCAGCAGCAACUUCUCAAGCCCCAUCCUUGCCAGGAAGCUCUGUGAAGGUGACUGCCUCUCCCCACUCCACAGGAGCCUCUGCCCAGGACCUACACCUUCUUCAGCUCCUAGUCCCCAUGGGAACAGGCACUGUGCUGCUGAUGACUCAGAUUCCUCCAUGGUCUUCCUGUGUCUCCUGUUGGUGCCCCUCCUGCUCAGUCUCUUUGUACUGGGGCUAUUUCUUUGGUUUAUGAAGAGAAAGACACAAGAGUCCAUUGAAGAGAAGAAGAGAGCGGACAUUUGUCGGGAAACUCCUAACAUAUGCCCCUAUUCUGGAGAGAACACAGAGUACGACACAAUUCCUUCCACUAAUAGAACUAUCCCAACGGAAGACGCAGCAAAUACACUUUAUUCCACUGUGGAAAUACCAAAAAAGAUGGAAAAUCCCCACUCACUGCUCACCAUGCCAGACACACCAAGGCUAUUUGCCUAUGAGAAUGUUAUCUAGAUAGCAGUGCACUCCCCUAAGUCUCCGCUCAAAAAAAAACAAUUCUCGGCCCAAAGAAGA